UGUGUUUCUUUUGAACGUAUGAUCUUUGAGAAUAUGGUGGUGGAUCAGCAGCCGGUCAAGACAGCAGGAUAACAACACAGCAGAGAUAAUUAUUUCUAGAACUGGGAUUUAAACACAAUAAAUAUAUGCAACGAUAACUUCUGAGUCUUCUGGCAGACCACGAGAGAGAGAAGCAAAUCCGGAUUCACCACUUUAACUUGUUUUUGGAAAAAAUACCUAAGGUGGAGCUUUUGCUCGUAUUGCAAUCCAGCUAACGUUAGCUGGCUAACAUGCAGCUUUAGUGUCUGAAUUUGCACGAAAACGGGACUCUGGGAUAUAUCGAGCUGGAAUUCGCAUGGACUGCCACUACCUCGACCACUUUAACACCCAUCUAUUCGCAUGCAAUUAAGACCAUGCUGGCCUUUCACUUUGCAGACAUAGCUGGUUAGCUAGCCACCUCUGAAGGGCCGAGUCGUUAUCGCAGCUGGUAGCCGAACCCACGGCGCUUUUGGUCGGCGGAAGGAACAACGCCAUGCCGCGGGUUGAAAUCGGCCCACCCGUAGAGCUAACUUCAGGAAGCUAGCUGAAUAUAGCAGGCCGCUUUCGAUGGUUGUUAUCAUCUCCUAGACAGCUAAAUAUUUAGAUAACUCACAACACAAAACUGACAGACACCUUUAACUUUCAUUCUGCACGGUGUUUAAUUUUGUUUUUAAUUUUCACGGAGUGGUAAUUGACGUCUUACUUAUAAAACUAAGGCACGUUAUUUUGUGUAUAGAGAAAUUUGCAUCAGCUAGCCACAAUACACAUCAUUAAUCUAUGUUUGGGUGAAGAUACGUGCGAUAUUAAGGUACUGCUUAGCUAGUAAGGGAUUAUUUAGGUUGGCCCAGGUUUUGAAAGCCACACAUGUAAACAAGUCGUAGUAAUGUUUUGGUUCAUUAUUUUAUUUAAAGAUUUCACUACAUAUCACUCAAGGUGACGUUGAGCUGUUACGUGGACGACAGUUAUACGUGUUAAAUCUUUGGUUUAUCUGGGAAUAAUUAGCUUUACACAGACACUAUAAGGCAUGGGAGUUGUUGACCUGGAGCUUGGCGAGACAUAUCAGCCACUCAUUCAUGAUUGAUGACCUUUGAGGGAGCAGACUGUCCCUUACCCAUUUUCCACUACAGAUGAGCCACUGCAUCAAGUCACUAACAGUCUUUCUGGUAGUAGCAAUUUAUUUUUAGUCACUAAUGUCACCUAGUAAAAAGCUGAGGAGAUUUGGGCUAGUUUUUAGCAGCAAUUUCUUUUAAAGUCCCACUGACACCCAACUGGAACUACUGGGGUGGAUGGGAACAUGAGGAGCACUCUGUCUGAUCUGAACCAGCUUCCAAGUAGCUCGAAGAUCUGAUCAACAGAGAGUACAACAGAGAGCCCCAUUGUGUGGACUGAAAACUGAAAAAGGAAAGAUGAUGUGGUUGAUAAUAAAAGAGGCCCAGUGACAGUGUUGAUCCCCGCACCAGGAAGCAGAGGAGUGUCAGAAGGCUGAAGAUAUGAGUCUCCGCCAACCCACCUCUACACUGGACAGCGGGGCAGCCAAUAAGAAAAACGCCCACCCGUUCAGCCCUUUUGCUGCUUGGCUCAGCAGUCUGACCAUCGGGGACUCAGAGCGCAAAGCCUCUGCCACCCAACAGAGGGAGCCGUUGAUUGAAAUCACUGCUGAGAGUACGGGUACUGGUCUUGUCCAGAGAUGUGUGGUCGUGCAGAAGGACCAGCUCGGCUUCGGCUUCACAGUAUGUGGAGAGAGAGUCAAGCUAGUGCAGAAUGUCCGACCUGGUGGUGCAGCAGUCAAGGCCGGAGUCCAAGAAGGGGACCGAAUCAUAAAGUUACAGGAGUUGAUGGAGGAGCAGUUAAGGAGCCCGUCGCUGUCACUGGGGGAGCGGAUUGAAAGUGCCAAAAGAAGAGCUCACCAAGUCAGGGUCAAGAUUCAGCAAGAUCUGGAGGGAACGCGAUCCGAAUGUGCCACAAGCUACGUCAUAGCAGGAGAAGGUCGACUAUCAAUGGAGUCAAGCGAAGGAGACAUGGAGGCCUUUGAGAGUCCCCACUCCUCCCCCUCAUCCACCUUCAGGACCCCCUACCAUCAACGACAGAACUCCGACACACACACCCUGUCUGAUUUGGGCGGAAAGGCCCAGAUCAUCGGCCCCGAGGAAGAGGAUGAAGAAGAUGACGGCUAUGCAUUUAAUGAGAUGGAUGGGCCAUUCCAGGACAUCGAGUUGUUGAGGUCACGACCGGCACACAUGGCGGUUUUCAUGAGAUAUGUCUUCACCCAGCUUCUGGACCCCAACCCACUGCUGUUUUACCUGUCGGUGGAGGCUUACCUGGGCUCCAGCACGAAAGACGCCCGUGCACUUGCACCUCAGAUCUGUUCCCAUUUCCUGGACCCAGAUGCUCCGCUGAAAAUCAAAGUACGAGAGGAGUAUCUCACAGAUAUUGAAAGUCGACUUCAUGCCCAGGAGGACAUCAGAGGACCUCUGUCCGAGCUGCAGCAGCAAGUGCUGCCGGAUAUCCAAGACCAGAUACAGGACUACAGGAACAAGCAGAUGAUGGGUCUCGGCUCUCUGUUUGGAGAAGGAGACCUGCUGCAGCUGGAUGGAGACCCGGUGAAAGAGAGACAGGUGGUGGACAGACAGGUCACUGCCCUCUGGGAAAUACUAUCAAAGCACGAAGAGGACAGAAGUUCUCCUCUGGCGUCGGCCGUGCACCUAUACCUGCGUCAUUCUGGUAUCAAGCUGAGAGACUCCAAAGUCUUCCCUGGUCUGAGCACGGAGAAGGAGAAGUGGCUCGCUUUCCUAAAGACAAAAAAGCUGAGUGGUACCAAAAAAGAGAAAGAUGGAGAGGAUAAAAAGAGAAAUCCCAUCCUGAAGUACAUCGGCAAACCCAGGACCACAUCCCAGUCCACAUUCCAUGUCCCGUUGUCUCCCACGGAAGUCCGUCCUGGCAGUGUGAGGAACAUCAUUCAGCAGUUUGAGAACCACACAGAGACAGGAGAGGAAGGAGACAAUGUUGCCGACCCCCAGAGGCUCUCCACCAGAAGCCUGGGAGAAGACGGCAUGGACAGCCCUACGAUCUCAGUGCGUCUGGCACGCAGCGAGUCGUUGAAGGCUCAGGGAGAAGGGCGACGGCGGGGCGUCGUCUCAGGGACAGAGUCCGUCCCUCGCUCUCGUAGUGAUGUGGACAUGGAGGACUGCGGGGAGGAGAGGGAGGGACCAGGCCUCAGGCUGCUGCAGCACAGUGCCUCGUCCUCCGCAUCCAGCAGCUCUGCGCGGUCUCUAGAGAACCCUACACCCCCAUACACCCCUCGGUCUAGACGCAGGAGUGUGGACUCCCCGUUGGCCCUGCUGCCAGACGCUGCACCACUGGAGGAGGAGGUGUGUGACAGUCAGAUCUGGCAGGAUACGGUUCCUCCUCAGCUCCUCGCCACACUCAGUCCAAGGGAGGUGGACAGACAGGCCGUCAUAUACGAGCUGUUCACCACCGAGGUGUCCCACCUGCGGACCUUGAGGGUCCUGGACCAGGUCUUUUUCCAGAAGAUGAGGUCUGUGCUGAACUCUGAUGAGCUAGCCUGCAUCUUCCCCAACCUGCCCCAGGUCUAUGAACUCCACGCAAGUCUGUGCGAGGCGAUGAAGAAGCUAAGAGAAACUCCCAUCGUUCAGGACAUCGGGGAUGUUAUGCUGGCCAGAUUUGAAGAUGCAGCUGGAGACGAGUUUCAGGAACAAGCGUCGCAGCUGUGCAGCCAGCAGUCUCAGGCUCUGGAGCUCAUCAAGAACAAACAACGCAAAGACCCUCGCUUCGCUCACAUCAUCCAGGAGUGUGAAGCGAGUCCUCACUGUCGGAGGCUCCAGCUCAAAGACCUGCUGGUGUCAGAGAUGCAGAGACUCACCAAGUACCCCCUGCUGCUGGACAACAUCAUCAAACACACAGAGGCCGCUUCGUCGGACCUCCCUUCACUUCAGCGCGCCCAGGCUUGUUGCCGAAGGAUACUGCAGGCUGUUAAUGAGGUUGUCGGGGAAAUAGAGCACCGGCAGCGCCUCAGCCAAUACCAACGCAGACUUGACGCUGCCCCUCUAUUCAAGAAUCUAGACCUCACCACUAAGAGAAUGAUUCAUGAAGGUCCUCUCACGUGGAAAGUCAGCAAAGAUAAGCAGAUAGAGAUCCAAGCGCUGCUGCUGUCAGACUGCCUGGUCCUCUUGCAGAGGGGCCCAGACGACCGGCUGCAGCUGAGAUAUCCAUCCCGCUGGCUGGGGGGAGGCGGGGGAAGCAGCGGAGACAGCAAGACCUCCUUCAGCCCUCUGGUGAAGCUGGACUCUCUGCUGGUCCGCUUGGUAGCAACAGACAACAAAGCCCUCUACGUUAUCAGCACCACAGAGCGGCAGAUCUAUGAGCUGGUGGCUGGGACAUCAUCAGAAAAAAACAUCUGGAAAGAUUUACUUGAAAAGACCAUUGCGUCAGCUGGUGGUUCCUCACCCCUGAUCAAUCACGGGUCCAUGCCUGUGUCCUCCCCCGGUCUACGCAGUGCAUCCCCAGCGUCAACUGGCAGCAAUGUCUUUGCAGACAACUCAAUGACGGAGCAGUCAGAUUCUAUAGAGACUCAUUCCUCCAAUGAGGACAUUGAGCUCUCAGAAAACACACGUAGGGACCAAUCAGGAGAUUUCAUCUGUGAUGAGAGAAAAGACAUUGGUUUGGCAGAGGCCGCUUUACAAGAUGUUGAAACACUAAGGCAGCUCAUAUUACAAGAUUUGGAAGAGGACGGUUGGAGCCACGAUUCAGAUGACACGCCCACCAACGAGACGGCGAAUGAAAGGAGCUCGUUCACUGAAAGACAGCGGCCAGAGUCUCUAGAAACUGUCCUCAACUUCAGCAUCAACGAAUGGGAGGCCGAGUCUGAAGGGGUUCCGCUUCCAGAGGCAGAGCAACCCAGCAGCAUUCAGGUCGUACGGAAAGCUUUGGUUGCGGGUCCUUCUUCUUCUUCUUCUUCUUCUGUCCCUGAUGGCAUCACGGAUGGGGUCACCCUCCCCUCCGACCAAUCAUCCAAGCCGAGAGGCGAGGCCACUACGCAGGGGAACACUUUCUACUUGGUAAUGCCGACGGAGCAGGGAGAGAGCUUCACUGAAGACCUCAACGACCCUCCUACCCCCACAGGCAGCCACUCCCCUCAGCCUCUGGAGGAAGUGAUACCACCACAGUCUCAUCCAGAGGAGGAAACGCCCACCUGCGGUGCAGAGCCCAACCAAUCAGAGGCUAUGCAACUGGAACAGGAAGAGGAAACGGGCCAAUCGCAGGCUGGGCACCAGAGCCACGUGAUCAAAAAUGUGGAUGAGAUUUUCCACACGAUUGAGGGGUUGAUGAGCAAGUUGCGUCAACUGAAGGAAAUCGAGAAGUCCCACCACAAGCUUUUGAAGACCCUCAGAGAGCCCUUUGUCAAUCAGGACUCCGAGGACCCGCAGUGUCACUCGGCAACCGUCUCCAGAACACCAUCUUUGGACUGUAGCUCACGAGACGGCAAAGAGGGCGGUCCAGCAGAGCCCAAGAUUCAGUCGACUGGAUUCUGACGUUGCUGCAGUGUGGAUUUACUUGCGGUCACUCAAUCUUGAUUUCUGGCAUAUGGACAGACCAAUGUGUGCCCACUGUCAGACUAGGGUACCCCAGCCAUGCCUCACCUCGCCCCUUAUCCCUGCAUGCACUGGCCAGUGGAACAGAGCCCUGGAAGGACUGCAGCUGUUUGCUUUCUUUUAAGCUGGCUGGAUUGACCAGGAUGUCUGAGGUCCGCACAACCUCUGACUUCUUCCAGAACACGGGGGAGUCAGGAAAGAGUAUGAAGGAAAAGAAAAUUCAGAAGACAAGUUGACUGGUUAAUGAGAGAAAG